GACCUCACGAUGACCCUCACGUGCCUUCAGAAGAUCUAUAGCGUCCUCAAUCAUAAGGCCCGCCUCGAGCGUGCCAAUGGAGGCAAGGUCAGUGAUAGCUUCGUUGACACGGCCCUGACCAUGGGAAAACGCGUCCUGAAGGAUGAGAAACUGGCGGCUUUGUUGCUCAAAGCGGAUGAGCAUCCCAAGGGCAGUCCGUUUGAUCACUACACGAAAAUGCAGCUUCUGAUUCAGAAGGGCAAGUCGGAAGAUGGGAUCCGUUGGGCCUUCUCGUCAGUGUGGGAUGGCUACUUGAACAAGUGGCUUGGGACCGAGUUCCUGUCUCAGCGAGCCCUGAAAGGUGACAGUUUUCCAGGAGGGACCGGAGCCUUAUUGGUUGGAACACUGGAGAUGAAGAAGAUGCUGCUAACGAGCUCCAUCGGGUUGCUAGGCUGUGUUUACUAUUAA